GUAGUUUCUCCACCUUGGAACUCAAAACAUGCCGUCGAUCGAAACAUGUUGUACUGGAUUUAACAGAGAGAGCGGUAGAUUUCGUAAAACUUACGAUUUUCAUUCAUUCGGCGCUCAGCAUCUAAUACUUUGAAAGGUUUCAUACGUUUGCUGGGAAAAUGGCGUCCUUCUUCAUUGUGUGGUUGUUUUAGCAGCAGGGUAAACAGACGUUAGCUAGCCAAGGCUAUCUGGACCUAUCACAACUUAUUCAGUUGCACAAUGUUGACAGAGUUAUUACACGGCGCUGACACUGGAGGGUUUCUUGUCAUACAAGGUAAAAGCUUUAAAAAUGUCUUAUUUUCUAUGUUGGAAACAGUGACAGAGGGGCUAUUUAUGAAAUUAAGCAGUUCCAAGGCUACAGAAGUUAGCGUCUUAUUCCUAGUUUCUAAUGGGGAAGGUAAUGGAAACCAGGACCUGAUCUAAAAUAACAUCAGAUCUUGUCUAAAUUAUCCAAAAGAGUCUAUUUUUGAAAUAUUGAUUCUGUGUUCCCUUUUUCUUCAUGACCAGCAUAUUUAAUCUUCUCAUAUCUCCUCUAUUAUUCCAGUUAAAAUGAUAAAAUACAGUUUCAGUUGUAGAAACCUUUUCUCUCUACUGUUUCAAAAAAUGCAAGAUAAGGGAUUUAACUGUUUUAUUUUCUUCUCUUUAUUAAACCAGAUCCAAAACCACAAAACCCAGGCUUCUUAGAUGAGUGCAAGAUUAUCCAAGAAAGUCUAUAGAUUUUUUCAAAUUCAAAUUCAACUUUAUUUUUUAUGGCACUUUUCAGACAAGAAAUGCAGUUCAAAGUGCCUCUCAGAGGCUAAAAAUCGGGCCCGAACGAUUUAUCGGCUUGCCGAUUAAAUGAAAAUGAAAUGAAAACGCUUUUCUGGACUGAGUUUUCCUGUCGAUGUGAAGAGCAGUACCCUAUGGUAUAUCUAAAAAAAAUAUUUAAUCUAGAGUGUAUAUAUACUAUAUCUAUAGUAUAUAUAUUUUUUAAUAACUUAAAAAAAAAAAAAAAAUUAAUUGUCCGAUUAAAAGGUAAUCGUCUCCCCCCCCCCCCCUUAUAAUCUGCAUCGGCCCCAAAAAAUCCAUAACGGUCGGGCCCUACUGAAAACAACAGUUAACAACCUCCCACCCAACCCAAACCUCCCACCCACACACCAACCCAUGGACCCACACGCACACAAAGACACACACUCACCCACACAUACACACACAAGCACGCAAAGUGUGAGAAUUUAAGAUAUAUAGUUAAAGAGAUAUGGCCUGACACAGAGAUAUUACAUGAGGAAAGAGCUACCUUUCGUAAACACUGGAGAUAAAGAUAAAAAAAUAGAAAGUGGUAAAAGGAAAGAGUAAAAUCUGGUGGACGAAAACAAGAAAAUAAUCUUAAAUGAACAGAUGAGUAAGAGCUCUUUACCAUAUAAAAGGGGUAAAAGAAGUAAUAACCUCUAAGGCAGGAGUUAAGAAAAAGACUAAGAACAGAGAUAAUCCAUAAAAUGAACAGUAAGAACUUUGAUUAAAAUGAACAUUUGCAAUAAGAGAAAUAUAAAAAGGCAGUGAGUGAAAAGCCUGGUUAAAAAGGUGAGUCUUGAGCCUCUUCUUAAAAAACAUCAACCGUCUCUGCGGCCCUGAGGCUCUCCGGCAGGCUGUUUCACAACCGGGGGCCAUAGAAACUAAACGGCCUCCCAGUGUGUUUUUGUUUUGACUUGGGGUAAGGUUAAAAGACCUGUGCCAGAGGACCUCAGGGUCUGCGAGGGUUGAUAUGAUAAAAGUAAGUCAGAUGAAUAAGAGAGGCCAAGACCAUUAAUACAUCUAAAAACGAAUAAAAGAACCUUAAAAUCAAUCCUGAAACAGACGGGGAGCCAAUACAGCGAUGCUAAAACUGGCGUUAUAUGCUCUCGCCUUCUGGCCCUCGUCCGAAAUCUUGCAGCUGAAAGACACGGUUACAGAUUUGUAAAACCCUUAUUUUACUUGUGAAGAUAAAAUUCCCUAAAUAUAUGGAGUUUCACUUUUUGAAUUUUAAUUUUGGUGUAAAUUUAACCUUUUGGUGUAAUUUUUGGAGCUGAACAUGUACAAAGACUCCUCAGAUGCAAGUUACUUUAAAGAGGCUACAUGCCUCUAAAAACACAGCUUUAGAUCUGUGAAAAAUCUUCAUUUGUUCAAAUGUAAGACAGAAUGACCUCAACAUGUGAAAAAGCUGGAAAAUUGAGAUCACAAAAAUCUGAACUUGUGUUUAAAAAAGUCACAAGUCUAGUCAAAGCCUAGUCAUUGUGGUUCAGGUCAGGACCUGGUCUUAACAACAACAAAUCAGUGAACUCGCCCUUUCUCAGAUCUGAAACUAUGAUGGUAAUCUACUCUGGGUCUAAGAAGUUGAGGUAUAGUGGUUUUAGAUUUGAACCUUGUUUCCAUAAUCUUCCCGAAUGGAAGUGUUUUACGAUAAUGUAACCUCCAAUGUAGUUACCCCAGGCUAUCUAUCUUGCAUUUCUAGACUCUACCAGUUGUUCUGGUCGACACCUCCUGGAGAGCUUCAUCAGUGCUGCACUGAACAGGUAUUUUAAAUGCAAACUACAGUAACACAGUCAUACAGAGUGUUACCCAUAGAAAGCCUUUCUGCUACAACAAAGGAGAACAACAACAUUUACUUUGCUCUCUGAUGAAAGCUCAUAUUAUUGUACUAGAAUAAAGUUGAUCUCUUUGUAUAUGUUACUCUGGUUUUGUGCUUUUUGUUGUUAGUUUGGCAUUUAAAAAUAAAUCAAAAAGAAUCAUUGCUUUCUACCACUGUUUUAAAUGUAUGAAUCUGUCAGAAACACUCAUCUCUCUGCUGAUUUUAUGAAUGUAGAGAAGAAGCCGUCCAUGUUCUUGGCUUUGAUGUCAGUGAGGAAGAGCUGACAGGCGGACUGAAAGGAUCAGCCAUUGAGAGGUAACAGUGAGUGAAUAACCACUUGUUUUGGCACAUGUUGAAUUCAUUAAACCGAUUUUGUACUUUUUUUAUUUUGGCACCUCAGGCUCCACUUUCACAAUGCCUACACAGACCCCCUCGGCUGGACUGAUCAACCAUCUCUCACACUUCAUCAGUUCUGCUCGGAGGAACUUUCACAUCUACUAAAGCCAACAUCUCACUCCAAAUCCACUAUCUUGGUGAUCGACUCUCUCUCGUGGAUUUUGAGGCAUGUUAAUCCACCCGCUGUCUGCAAGACUCUCCACCAACUCAGGAAAGGUGAUGGAUUUUACCUGUGAUGUUACCUGGUGUCCAAGAUUUAAUGAAGGAGGAGUUUUAGCAUCUUUGUAGAUAAAGUCAAAUAUGAAAAUAUUCCAGAAAUGAUGUGACAACUUGUCUUAAGUUGCGGUAAAGUGGGACCUUGAACAAUGCAGUGUUUCCCCUGUUCAACGGCCUUUUCUCUCUUUUUCAUUAGGGGGAGCUGUGAGAGCUAUUAUUGCCCUGCUCCAUGCUGAUAUGCAUCAGAGGGGGACUGUGGGAAGUGUAUGCCACUUGGCGUCCUCCGUCAUCAAAGUAGCGCCUGGAAUGAAGGGUGAUGAAACGGUGGCCAAGAUAACAAAGCGCUCAAAAUCCGGGAAAGUUGUGCAAGACGUGAGCAGAUUUUUCUACUUAGAUGUCUGUCUAGUGAAUCUUUGCUGUUUAAAGGGACUGAUUACUUUAUGUUGUGUCUGCAGGAGGAGAUUUUCAGCAUCAAAGAGGAUCUAUCAGUCACAGUACACAGCAAGCGCAGCCAACCUGGACUUAAACAGACUGAGACGGAGGAACAGGAGGUGCAGUAUGACCCACAUUUAACACAGAUGCAGCAAAAACUUUGAAUGUCCCUAAAAAGUUCAUUUUUUUCCCCCAUUGAAACUUGUAUUUAUUCUCAAUUCAUAAAACUCAAAGUGAAAUAUUUCAAGACUUGUUUUGGUUUGAAUCUUUGUGAUUAUGAUUUACACCAAUCCAAGAAAAUAGUCAAUUAACUUUUUUCAGGACAUUUUAAAUUUUUAAGCUAUUUUGGCACCAUAAUUUGAGGAAAAGAGGUAACAUAAAGCUACAAUGCAGCAGGACUAAAAAAUGUCCUUUUUUGUUUCUAUAGGCGGACCCAACAGCCAACCUGACCUUCAACCUCCGACUGUCAGACACAGAGCGUGAAGCUAAGGAGAAACUAGCUCUUCCUUUUGUCUUCAGUAAAGAGAAGUUGGGAAAUUUUCCUCUGUUGUUUUGUUUUUCUGGUUUUAUUUUAAUUUGUUCAGACCUUAAAAUUCUAAGUCUUCUACCUUUCUCUCACAGGAAAAGCGCUCUGCUCCACUCAGGUCCAGGUUCAGGACGGAUUUUGUAUGAGCCGGAUGCCAACGAUGACUAUGACCAGGAGGAUCCUGACGAUGAUCUUGACGUAUAACCUUGGAAUAUUGAACAUAUUGCAUAUAAACAAAUUUGGGACUCUUUCAAUCAAAGACUCAGCGCCACCUCAUGGACUUUUACAGACAAAUAGCUUGAACAGUUUUUAUUUAAGUUGUUUUUCAGAGUGUAUCUGUUUUUGUGUUUGGUUGAAAAAAAUGUACAUGGUUAACUUUUGUUUGUUUACACCACUUUUUUUUCUACAAACUGAAGAUUUGUUCAUGUAAAUUAAAAUUGUUCAGAUAUCCACAGGAGUAUUGUGCAUUUCCUCAGCCUGCACCAAAUUAUGUAGACUCCAUAAAACCGGCACAUCCCUAAUGGUAAAUAAGAAACAAUAGUCAGAAAGUAAACAACUGGACAUGUCUGUUGGAUUGUUCUUGAUCAGAUUUAAUCUCUUCACCAAUAUUGACUGAUUUACUUGAUAUUAUUUUUAAAAACAGACAUAACUCAUGUUAAUUAUGUCCUUUCCUUUCUCAUAAUUUCUAAAAUAAAUAUUUGACUGUUGUCUUUGGAGUUCUAAGAUCAUUUCAGUUUAGCCAGAGGCAACAAGUAAAAGAAGAAAAAAGAAAAAGUGGCGGGGUUCAAAGCUAAUAGACUUUUUACUGCACUUUAUCAGUGCUAACCAUUGCACUGACAUGCAGCUCUGCAGAGUUUCUUUCUCAACUUUAUCUACUUCCCAUCAUGGUCAUUCAAAAACAUGUUCUUCACUCUUGUGGGAUUAGGGUCAUAAAUACUUUACAAAAGUGAUUCAGGUAACUGUCAGGUUACCUUAAAACCCAAAUGAUAGUACGAUUUCAAUCUAUUCUCCACUUUUCAUAAGCUAUAUUCUGUAAAAUAUUCUAUAAAGUCAGUAACUCAUAAAACAGAGUUCUAUCAUAAUUAUCCACCCAGACAUAAGGGUUAUUUGCAUGUGUCAGUUGUUUAAUUUUUCACAAGUAUAGAGAAAUGAAUGAGUUUGUAACUUUUCCCCGUGGUCACAACAGAAGUUAAGCGAAAUUAAACAAUAACCUUUCCACUAA